CAUUUCACUUUAUGGUUUCUGUCCAAAUUGUAACGAACCACGAACUCAUUAUCUCUGGUGUCAACCAUGUGAAGCAAAACAAUUUCGUGAAAAUUUUAGCAAUUGGACCAGUGGAAAUAUAGAAAUAGAUCAGUUUAUUCAAGAAGCUCAGCUUUCAUCGACUUCAACGAAAAGUGUAUUUGAAUGGAUACCAUACAGUGAACUUUCUUCCCUCAAAUUAAUAAAAGUCGAGUCUCCACCAAGUGCAUUUGAUUGUCCAUUAUCUCGAAACGACCACAGAAGUAAUAAAUCAGGAAUUGAUUGGUAUGGGAUAUCACAAGAUCCAGAAACAAAUGCACUCAUAUCAGUUGGUGAAUAUGCUGAAAAAGGGAUACUUCUUGAAUAUCUACGAUCAAACUGUAUUAAUUUGAAUUGGAAAACUAGGAUCAAUUUCUUAUGGCAAAUUUCUAGAGACUUACAAUCUAUUAUCGAUUCUGGAUUUGUUUCAACAGCAUUAGGGACAAAUUCAUUUUGUAUAAAAAAUGAUCAGAUCAUUGCAUUUAGGGAUUUUGUUUGUGUGGGUGAUAAAAGUGAUAUAGAUUAUAACAAUAACAGAUUCUAUGCUCCAAGGUGUCAAGCACCAGAGUACUUAAAAAAUUUUAUUGCCACUGAAGAAAGUAAUAUAUACUCGUUCGGUUUAAUCAUGUAUAAAUUCUCAUCACCAUAUGUUAAAGAAGUUCAUGAGGAUUCUAUCUUAGACCUUACACCUAAAGGUGCACCGAAAUCCUAUGUUGACCUAAUGAAUCAGUGCUUGAACGAUAAUCCGAAAUUACGUCCCUCAAUAACGCAAAUAGUCAAUACAUUGGGUGAAUGGUAUCUUGAGGUAGAACGAAAUAUUGAUACACAAAUCGUUACUGAAUUUCGGAUAGCUGACGAAUUUCGUCAAGCAUCCCAAAUGGAGGAGUUUAAUAAAAAGUUGAAAAUUGAUCUGGAUGUGAUGCCUCUAAUGGACAAAGAUAUUUCUCCGGGAUCUCUUUUAUCAAUUGUCCAUAAACUCGGUGUUGAUUUAAUCGAUAUUAAUCAAUUUACUGAUAGAAAGUGUAUUAAAGAAGGUGGUUUUGGUUUCGUUGAAAAAGCUCUGUGGAGACGAACAAACAAGUAUAUUGUUUUGAAAAAAAUCAAAAACAUUUCAGCGAUUAAUUAUAGAGAACAUAAAGCGUUUAUUCAUGAAUUAAGGAUACAUAUUCGACUUGACCUAAUGGACCGAAUUGUGAGAAUGUUCGGA